AUGGCUGGAUAACUCGUAUGCUUGCUUCCGCGUUCGGUUGUACCCGGGCAGCCGUGAUACAAAUACCAGUACAAAUACUCUAGAUGCAACCACACUGCCAUUUGCUAGCAAGGAUUGGGUAACGUAGACAUUUAACUCUGUUGGUUUACGUUCCUGAUGAUGACAUACCGAGCCAAUGAGGCGUGACACAGCAAUAAAUAGAACUCCAUUCACCAUCUCUCGCAAAUAUUGGUCAAUUUAUUAAAAUUACUUAGUAUCCGUUCACAUUCACGAAUACUCUUAAAAAUACGUUGUAAUUCAAAGGUUUCGUCUUUGUUUGGUGGAUGUUGUUGGUGUUGCAGUACGCAUGCGCAUUUGGCAUUUGUGCGUUUCAUCUUGUUGUUAUUGCCAUUCUUAGAUAGCAAAGUUAGCGGGCGAGCAGGCUCCCUCCGUGUUCGGUUCAGUUGGUCGGUAAACGCUCCAAUUGUUGUCCGUUAGUGAAGGGUCAUGACUGUAGCUGGAGCACGUCGUCUGGUUUGGGUUCCCAGUGGCUGCUACAGCGUGGUGUAGCGUCAGUCAGGUCCAGCCGCGGAGAUGUUCUGGCAGGGGGGCGAGGUCCAGGGCGACCCUGGCUCCCAGGAGGAGUGGUCCCUACUCAUCUGGACCACACUGGCCAUCGUUGUUCCGGUGAUUAUCACCCUGUGGUGCAGCGUCCAGCGAUCCAAGCGGCAAACCUACAUGAAGGAUUUCUUCCGAAAGAGUAAACACGGGUGGCACUAUACGGAUCUGUUUAGUAAGCCGACAUAUUGCUGCGUGUGCUUCCAGCACAUUCUGCAAGGGGCGUUCUGUGACUGCUGUGGGGUUUGUGCCGAUGAGCAAUGCCUGCGCAAAGCCGACCGGAGCCUCCAGUGCAAGGAGAUCAUGGCCGCCGCCGGGCCUGGUGGAACCACGGAGCACCGCUGGGUCCGCGGAAACGUCCCCCUGGCCAGCUACUGCACCGAGUGCAAGCAGCAGUGUGGGACUCAGCCCAAAUUAUGCGACUACAGGUGUGUCUGGUGUCAGAACACGGUGCAUGAUGACUGCAUGGACAGGCUGGCUGGGUCUGGACACUGUGACCUAGGCGAGUUCCGGAGCCUCAUCAUUCCACCUCACUACCUUGACUCUGUCAACAGGCUGUGCAGACGGCACCCUGACGAGUAUAGCAAGUUGGCAGCAACCUGUGGCAGCAGCUGGACCCCAGUGUUGGUGUUGGCCAACACAAGAAGUGGCAACAACAUGGGGGAGUGUUUGCUGGGAGAGUUCCGUUCCCUUCUCAAUCCUGUGCAGGUGUUUGACCUGUCUAAGGUGGUGCCCUCCAAGGCCCUUCAGCUCUGCACCCUGUUGCCUCCUGGCAGUGUGCGGGUGCUUGUGUGUGGCGGUGACGGAACAGUCGGAUGGGUGCUGGAUGCCAUCGACACCAUGAAACUGAAGGGCCUGGACCAGUUCAUUCCCAAAGUGACCAUCCUCCCACUGGGCACCGGAAAUGAUCUUUCUAAUACUCUGGGUUGGGGGGCAGGAUAUGCUGGAGAGAUCCCUGUGGAGCAGGUACUCCACAACAUCCUGGAUGCAGAGGUGGUGAAGAUGGACAGGUGGAAAGUGCAGGUGGCAUCAAAAGGCCUUUACUUUCGCAAACCCAAGGUUCUGUCCAUGAACAACUACUUUUCCGUGGGUCCGGACGCACUGAUGGCGCUCAAGUUCCACACUCACAGGGAGAAAACGCCAUCGUUCUUCUCCAGUCGAAUCAUCAAUAAAACUGUCUACUUCCUGUACGGCACCAAAGACUGUUUAGUGCAGGAGUGUAAAGAUCUCGACAAGAGGAUUGAGCUGGAGCUGGAUGGAGAGAGGGUGGCACUGCCAUGUCUGGAGGGAAUCAUCGUCUGUAACAUUGGCUACUGGGGAGGAGGCUGCAGACUGUGGGAGGGGAUGGGAGAUGAGCCUUGUCCCCCAACAAGGUUAGACGACGGCCUUCUGGAGGUGGUGGGUGUAUACGGCUCCUUUCACUGCGCUCAGAUCCAAGUCAAGCUGGCCAACCCAGUGCGACUGGGCCAGGCACACACUGUCAGGCUGGUUCUGAAGAGCUCCAAGAUGCCCAUGCAGGUGGACGGGGAGCCGUGGGCUCAGGGUCCGUGCACCAUCACCAUCACCCACAAGACCCAGGCCCUCAUGCUGUACCACAGUGCGGAGCAGACGGACGAUGACGAUGAGUGCAGUGCCUCAGAGACUGAGAGCCCAACCCCUCAUGACUCUCCCAGGCCCCUGGGGCCCACAUCAGUUCGUGCUUGAGCUAAAGUUCUCAUUCUGCUGCCAUUACAUUGGUCCUGCUGACAUUAGGUGACCUUUUAACUCUUUCUUUGCAAGCUCUGCCUCACAAUGUGUGAACCAGUAACCAGCAAUCUAUUGACCCGUCCACCUGACUGUCUGAAUUAUCUGACACUUGCAACACAUUCAGCUCUUUGAUUUACCAAUUCAAACUCGCCCAAUCUUACAAUUGAGAUUGAAUUUGCUGAGGCUGUACUGUUUUUGUUGUUUAUACGACGUAUUGCUGUGCACAUGUUGUGACCUACUUUAUUAUUAUUAUUAUUAUUAUUAUUAUUAUGUUAAAGUUCCAUAAUUUAUGGAUAGGAAGCUGUUUGUUAGACGCAGCUCUAGGACUGAGUCCAGCCUCAAGUCUCACAUAUAUUGUUGAGUUCUGUAUCAAAUGGGGAGAAAGACCCUGGAGACGCACAGAAGAGGUCAGCUUGUCGAAUGUGUGUACAGCUGGUUCUUUUCAUCUGCUGUGUUGUAAAGUGGAAACUCAGGCCCGAACCAUCAGAGGAAGUAAUGUUUACAUGCAACUAGCUCUUGUGCCAUACUUGUACACUGUAUUCACAUGGUCCUCUGCAGGUUUUCAUGAUUCAGGUUGACAGAAGCCAUGACAUCAGUCGGAGAAGCGCACGUCCAGUGGAGAGACUAUACUCUCAAGUUAUGUUUAUAUUCUGCAACUAGCACAAUCAGUAUCGCUGUUCAGUCCUUGCUGUGACGACACUGGAGUUCAGCUUUAUGAGUCCUUAUUCCUGGUGUCUUGUUUCUUUACUGUUGUAUGGUGUAAAACUGCUACUGUCUGUGUAGAAGCCAAAUACUCUUCUCUGUCUUGUUUAAGAUUGUCUUUUGAUAUUAAAAGGAUUAGUGUUUGAGCUUGUUGCUAUAUUUAGUUAUCCUCAUCUGACACCAGGCUGUAGUGUUGAGGUGAGUUGGUAAAUUCAGCUUGAGUUAGUCGUGACUGCAGCAGUCUCUAUCUGCAAGUGAUGUUUUAUUUUGCUCUGAAAUUGAAACUGUGUAACCAUUAGUGCUUGUUGAGGUCACUUGUAAAGCAUCAGCUGACUAAGUGCACUUUAUCGCGGGUCCGGGGGGGUCAAACCUUUGGCAGGAUUAUAACCCCAGGUCUGAUAAUGUUUAGGUCACUCCUUAUGUUUGAGUCCCCUGCUGUGCAGUGGUCAGUAUCUGUCACAAGUGGCUCGAGGAUAAGCUCAAAUAAAGAGCAUCGCACUGAUGAAGAUGGUUCAGUUGGUCCCUCCUUCUUCUGAAACACUGUGUGUCUGUUGGAAGAAGCAAAUACGUGAACCUGCUCCCCCCAAACAAAACAUCCUGACAUGCCGAGGUUAGUGAAUCCACAUGUUACUGACAAUCCCGAGUUGAUUUAGUGGCUCGCCUUCAGUCACUUUGCUUCUCUCUCUGAUGAAACAGCAUCUUGUUGUUACCAAAUGGUUGUCUGGAGAUGUUGUUUGCUGUGUCCUUCCUUGUCUCAUUCUUCGUCCCCACAGACACUUCUGUUAGUGGGGUGGAGUGAUGCUUUCGCAAACAUGCUUAUAGAAUGAUUACUCAACUGCUGUGUUGUUCUGUGAUGUUUGAUUUGUUUCUCUCUUUGACCAUAUUGUGCUGCUGUGUUUACACCUUUAAGUAUUUAUUUUCCUUUUUAAAACGUUAUAUCACCGCUGGUUUUAUCAAGUUUCACUCUGGAGUUCUACUGAAUAGUUUGAUGCCAUGGUAUUGGUUUCAGUAUAUCAUGAUAUCAUCUGCUAUUUGUGUUCCAAAAUAUAUACCUUAAGAUAUCAGGUGACAAAGGACCAUUCCCUUGGUUGUAACUGAACAGAAUGAACUGAUAUCUGGUCGCUCUGACAGACCAGACACUGAGUGGCUUUAUGUUAAACACUGAGGUUGUGAUGUCAUUCAGAGUUACACUUUGUUUGAUGAUGGUUCGCCAGCGUGGCUUUGACUUGAUGAAACUUAACAGGAUGAAAAUUACUGUUAAUUCUAGGAGUUUUUAGAAGUUUGUUAAAAUCAUUUUCGGCAGAUCAAAUCAGGGGUUGCCACAAAAGAUUGUUGAAAUAAAAUCUUAAUUUAUUCUAUCAUGAAAUGCCAUGUGUUGGAAAUGUCUGUAAGCAUAUGCUUUACUGAGGCAACAAUUGUUAUGAAACAGGUCUUUGAGCUGGAUUAUUUCUCAAAUCUGCGUUGCUGUUGAAUUGAGAUUCUGACUGUCCUGAAUGUAAGGAAUCCAUAUAUUGAGGUUUAAGAC